AUGGAGGACAGUUGCCCCGAAGAUGAGCUAUUGGAUUUGGCCAUUGCUCGCCAAGAUGAAGGGCGCUUCGCCGAAGCCUUUGCUCUUCACAAGAGGCGCAUGAUGGCCGAGCCCCGGCUACACAAGACAGAUGCUGUGCGACUUUUGGGAUGGAAUAACUCCACAAGACAACAAGUGCCUGAGCUUGAAGGGAUUUUUGCGGCGACUCGUGUGGGCCAAUCCUUUCGUCCUCUACUACAUGAUGUGGAGUCUAAUAACAAGAGCAUGGGUCAAUCAGCUCGACAAGUCUUUGACCACUAUGGAUAUUGCCUCGAUGCUGGCAGGCAAAUUCUACUGACAUUGCUGGGUUCAGUAGAGGAUGAUCACCAGCAACAACGCAUCUUUAGUGGCAAUUCCUUCUUCAAUCAUCGACACGACCUGCCAGCCUUGGAAUUACAUGUACUACACGACAACAAUACUGACCAUCCAAAACCAACCAUGGGAUUGAAUGUGCUCUUGUAUCUCUUUCUAUUUGGCUUGGCGGUGGAAAGGGACUUGGUUAUCCAGGCCAUUGGCCAGGACGAAUGCAAUGCCCUGUUCAGAGCUGGAUUACUUCAACCAAGUCUCGCUUUACAAGGAGAUGUGGUGGCGUCAGUGCAAGUGUAUCCUCUAAGUACCUCUGAUCUCUUUCCCAGUGAUGGUACUACCAAUAAUUCAUCCUCAUCAGAGAAGAGCAAUAAUACACUGCUACUGUUACCGACUGACUGGCCUCUGGAAUCCUUUCACCCCAAACGAAAUGCCAUUAUGCCCAUUGGAUACGACACGCUUGAAUUAUGUGCCCUUUCCGCGGGAGAUGAUAAUAUUCGGACAGAGGGACCCAACAACAUUCUCGACCUAUGUUGCGGUUGUGGCGUACAGGGCUUGCUGUGGAUCACCUGCCACCCGAAUUCUUGGUCACAGUUGGUACUGGUGGACAUUAAUCCACGAGCCUGUCACUACGUCAUGGCAUCCUUGGCAUUGAAUGGACUCUUGAGGAUGGAGAACAACAACAAGAUUCAUGUGUUGCAAGGCAACUUGUACGAUCCAAUCCGUGUGCACCUGUCCGAAGACAUGACAUUCCAACGCAUCUUGACCAAUCCGCCCUUUGUGGCAGACUUUUGUAAUACCACGACCGAUGGUGGAGCUCUUUACGCCGGGAGUGGAAUCUGUGGAUUGGAUGCCGUUCAUGAUAUUGUGAACCGGUGCUUUCAGUACCUUGCAGCUGACGACAAUGGCCAACUGUUGAUGGUGACAGAACUACCCAAUGUGCAGCAAAGUUGCCAGCUCCUUGAAAGCUUUCUGGCACCACCAAAGGAAGAUAGCAGGAACAACAAGGAGCACAGUAUAUCUAUUGCUUAUGUGGUGGCAGAUGUUGAAACGGUUCAAGAGUAUGCACAAGAACGCGCGGAAGAACGAGGAACCAGUACAAACCAUCAUCAACGAAACCAAUGGGAAGCAGAUAUGCAACAACACGGAAUACAUAACCGAGCACUGGUGCUGGCCGCCAUUGGACAAUCAUCAUCGAUGGGGCAGGGAUCUAUCCUGCGGCUAUUCCCGUACGAGGACCAAACUUGGAGCGGAAGUGAUGCUGUACUCGAAGAUCCAGCAGACGAAGAUGACGCUUUCCUCACACUCGCUGGAGUCAUGUUUGCAAGGAAUGCGCUGCUGAGCGGGAAUGGAGCAUGA